AACCAAUAAUAGAUUUUAAAAUCCGUCCAAUAGUGAUUUGCGGUGAUGGAAAUCUUUACCAGUGCCAAUAUUCAACACAAGAUUUGAAGGUUGCCUGUUGCUAUACAGCUAGUUAUAGAUUGUCACCGCUUUUGCAGCCAUGGAAGCCAAGCUAUUAGCGGGAGUGACACAGACGGACACACACAAGAGACUUCAGGUUGCCGAUGACCUGACAGAUUUCUUCAAAAACAAUGAUCAAGGCAUAGAAGAGUUCCAGGAGUUAGACCGUCUUGUUAGUGGACUAGCUGUCUGGAUGGGAAGCUCUAACUUCAAGGUUUCUGGAAGUUCUAUGGAAAUAUUUACUUUGAUAGCUAGUAAGACGAAGGGCUCCUUUAAGCAACACAUUCCGACAAUCUUCCCUCAUCUUCGUGAGAAACUCGGGGACGCCAAAGAGCAAGUGCGAGAGCAGGCUCAGACGCUGAUUCAGCAGAUCCAGAUGGACGUGGUGUCAGCGCCUCAGGGAUUUCUGGACAAGCUCAUGGAGACGUGUCUGGUGCACAAGAACUGGAGAGUGAAGGAACAGGGCCUCCUCUGUGUGUCUAGGACACUCAACUACUUUGGUUCCGGACAAAUCUCAGUGAGUCGGCACAUGUCAGAGAUAUGUAAUCUCCUAAGUGAUGCCAACUCUCAAGUCCGCUCCUGUGCCAUGGAAACACUCGUUGACAUAUACCGUCAUGUGGGGGUCAAAGUGCGAAUCGAUCUCUCCCGAAGAAAUCUACCUUCGUCAAGAAUGAGUCAACUCACUGCUCGAUUUGACGCAGUUGAUGCAACUACUGGUUCCACUGAAACCACUGAAACUGGCGUACAUGCACUUGAUGUAGAUGUUGAUGACGACCGUGCCUCACUGAACUCGGCUGGUAGCAGCAACGUUAGUGCCCGGACAUUAGGCUCCACCCACUCUACAGGGGGUCGGUCCAGACCACCCCCCACAGCUGCCAGUAAGGGAGGCAGCGGGGCAGUCAGUGAGGAGGACUUCACCAAGAGCUUUGAGGACGCUCCCAGCAUGAAUCUGUUCACACUUCACGAUGUGGAGAAAGCCGCGGCGGCCAUCACAGCGACAUUGAUCGACACACGCAAGCCUUGGGAGACAAGAAUCACCGCAUUGAAGCAGUUACGGACUGUUGUUAAGAACGAGACGAGUGACCACACCCACAUCCUGUCUUUAAUCAGGUCCAUGGAUGAAGCUAUGGUACUGUCGUUGAAGGACCUCCGCUCUCAAGUGGUGCGAGAGGCGUCCAUCACUCUGAGUCUGAUGGCCACUCUCUUCACGUCAGAGUUCUCUUUCUUUGCUGAACUCAUGCUCCCUCAACUCAUUGCCUUGCUCUCUAACUCAGCAAAAGUCAUGGCCUCCUCUGCUGAGGUCUGCCUCAAGAUGAUCGUCAAGUACUCACCCAACUACCGGCUCCUCAACCCUCUCUCCACCAUUGGACUCGCCUCCAAGUCUCCCGUCAUUAGAAGGCACUGCUCUGAGGUGUUUGGGCUCAUCCUCUCUUGGUGGAGCACAGCUGUACUGGAGAGGAAGGGCAUACCUAUUGUGGAGUCCAUGCUAAAGAAGGGGCUGUUGGACCAAGACUCUAUCACAAGGAAGAACUCAAGACAGGCAUUCUGGCUGUACAACACUCAUCUCCCGAACAACGCGAGUAGAAUGUUGGACUCUUUUGACCCCCAGCUACAGAAGCACAUCAACGAUGCCAAGGGUGAUGGUGGGCGGAGCAUCACUCUCCCACCCUCCGGCACUAAGUACUCCUCCAUGUCCCUCCCUAGACCAAAGAAGAAACCACUCGCCCAUGCAGCUUCAGAAGAAGUGUUUCAUCGCCCCACCUCACCCCCCACAGCCUCACAUGUCCCCUCCGUUCGUCUCAUUCGGCCGACUAUCCGCUCCCCUCGGAGGGCGGAGUCGAGUAAGGUCCUGCGUAGUGCUAGUAGCAUGGAGAACAUGAUUGACAAGGAUGGUACUAGCACCUCCCCCAUACCACGCCCACCCAGCAGGACAGAGGUUCACAGGUCUAACGUUCGUCCAGCCUCUCGCACUGGUGUGCGGGGCGGCCUGGAGAAGAGAUCCUCAGGUCAUGACCUGAAGAGACCCGCCUCACGUUCUGGUCGUCUCUCACGCAGCUGUCAGCCCAGUCCUGCUGUCAGUCGAGAUACCAGUCCCACUGGCUUAAGGGGCGUGACCAACUCAUCGUCAGGGAAACAGAAACUCGGAGAUAGCCUCACUACGGAGGACAUGAUGAAGCUAUACGGCUAUGGCAAAGGCAACAAAGAUCGUGACGACGAUGAAGAUGCCGGCAGUGUUUCUUCUGAGAGGAGCUCAUAUUCCAUCUCCAGUGAAGUGUCCGUCAACCCCUACGCCAGAUACACACAGCCUGUCACCGAUUUGAAUGACCUGGUUUCCCUGUGCAUGAGCAGCAGCUGGUCCGAGAGGAAGGAUGGAAUAGCACAGCUGCACAUGUUGCUGGACAGCACCAUACCGUUCUCUCAUAGUGAUAUGCAGAGAGUGAGAGCAGUCUUCAAGCAGAUGUUUGCUGAGCCACACGCCAAGGUAUUCAGCAUGUUCCUGGACACACUGGCCAAGUUCAUUGAAGAACAUCGGGAGUAUCUUGAUGACUGGCUCUACAUUAUGCUCCUGCGACUGAUACACAGACAAGGCUCCGACAUGCUCACCUCCGUGCACUUUAAACUACAGCUGGUGCUGGAGCAAAUACGAAAAUCGUUUGAUCCGGACGUCCAGUUCUCCAAUAUGUGUCGUCUUGUGUCGGACCAGUCACAGCCCAUGAACUCCAAAGUGAAGGUGGCCUGGUUAGAGUACUUCCUCGAGCUGCUGCCCUCCGUCGAGGGGUCAGAUUUUAAGGAUAAUACUGUGAUGCGUCAAGCCCUCCCCAAACUCAUUGAGUACACGACAGAGCCCAAGAGUGCCGAGGUGCGGAGACAGAGUCAGAAGGUCCUCACCCGUCUUUUUGAUCUCAACCCCGCCACCCUCUCCCUCAUGCUCAACGCUCUCCCACGGAUACUCCAGGAGUCGGCCAACAGAAUAUUGCAAUGCUACGUGGCGGACAUGUCCAGUUCGGGCGAAGAGAGUGAUCGAGAGAAAUCAACCUCACCCAAGAAGACAUCGCCGGCUCAGAGGAAGCCACCACGGACCCCCUUGUCCAAUUCCCCCCGUUCCCGACCUAAGACUCCUUCCAGUGGCUCGCGACCCAAAACCCCCUCCAGUGGCUCCCGACUCAAUCCCGUCGCCUCCCUACCCCCCUCAGCAAUUAGGAGUCUGGGGGGUGCCAGGACUAUUUCAUCAUCGACCCCCAACAUGACCUCUCCAGGUACUCGUAGUCGCAUCCCCACUCCUGGCAAGAGGGGCACUGGUAUCCGCACACCCAAAGGCACACCUCCUCGACGACCAAUGUCCACCACACCUGGCUCCGCCCCUUCCACUGGGCGUAUGAGACGAGUCAUUCCCCCGAGGGCACAGUCGGUUGGGCCAGAGAAACUGGCAGACCAGUUGGCAGCCAAGAUGGCUCAAGAGCGGCCGAGGAUAAACAGAGCUGGCAGUUCUAUGUCAGAGUACUCUCCCUCUCAGUACCAGAAUGGCCGCACGGAGGUGCACGCCUCUCCCUCCAACUCACUGGAGCAGUUCUCCCUCUCCGACCUACCUCACUUGGACUUUGGAGAGGAUCAGGGGAACGAUGACUAUCUCCAUAGAGACAAGAUGGCUGUGUUAGUGAGAGAAUUGACUACAGCCAAAAACUCAAAGCUCCGCAACGCUGCCCUCGAAACACUCUAUACACAAGCGCGAGAAUCUCCUGAAUCCUGCAGUUGGGGCGAGCACUUUCAGACGGUGUUACUGCGGUUACUGGAGCUGUUAUCAGAUGAAGAGAGCAACGUACGAGCAAUGUGUCUUCGUGUCUUUAGAGAAAUGCUCAAAUCGAAUGGAGAUAAACUAAAAGACUACGCUGAACUUGCUACUAUUAAAGUACUGAAGGGGUUUUCAGAUUCAGACAGUUUGGUUAGUCAAGCUGCCGAGGACACUUUCGAAUUUCUUGCACCUGCUCUUCCGUUUGAGAGUACAGUAUGUCUCCUGUACCCAAUGGUGGCCCAGGAGAAGUAUCCCAUGUUACUGGGCACUAUAAAGCUGUUCACUAAGGUAAUAAACUGUGGGGACUCAGACUACCUCCGGUCCAAGCUCCCGGAGAUAAUACCCGGACUCAUCCGUGGUUAUUGCCAUACCGAGAGCAGUGUGCGUAAAGUCAGUGUAUUCUGUUUGGUGGCAGUACAGGCUAGUGUGGGGGACACCAUCAAGGAGUACCUUACCAAGCUCAGCUCAUCUCAGAGCAAGCUACUGGACCUCUACAUUAAAAGAGCACAGCAAGAGUCCAGCAGUAACAAGAAAAACUAACGUUUGGCUCUAUCUCCACUAACUUUACACACUCUGUUAUUAUAUUCACUCAGAGAUAGGUAUAUAUGAUAAUGUCGAAUUCUUCAGUUCUCGUAUACACCUUUAACUGUUGUUCAUGUGUUACAUCUUAUUGUUUUGGCAUGCACUUUGUAAAACGUUUGUGUACACCAAUCAACAUGUCAAUGUUAACGUUGUUUCUGAUUGUUGA